AUGGCACAGUAUAAUCCCACCAUUCUAAAGUUGAUGCUGUUAAUGGUAUUGGCUGUAAAUGCUAGAUGCGACUUUAAUUCAAAAGUUUAUACGAAGAGAAGCUUGCCGGCCUGGAGAACUAGUCAUGCGCUAGGUCUCGGACCUACACCAAGUGAAGUAAUAAAUGCUAUUUCAGUGGCUAAACAGGCGUCAGCUAACGUCUUAAUAGCACAACAGCAUUUACAAGCAGCUAAAGAAAAUGUAUUAAAUCAGCAACGUAUAGCUACAGAAAAACAGACGCAGGCCGUAAUACUGAAGCAAACGUCAAAAGCUGCUGUCGCUCACGCAGCUGCCCAUGCUACCGCAGUAGAGGUUCACAAGACAGAGGCGGAGGCAGCCAGGCUUGGUCACCUUGCUCGAAAUGCACAUCAAAGAGCUAACCCUGCGUUUUUUGUGGCAAACAAUAAUUUUUCUGGCACUAAAAUAGAACCCAUUGGCUUCGGGGGUGGCUAG